AAAGAACAAGAAAAAAACACAGAUGUGAAAGCAAUUAAAACUCCAGUCCCCGUACAUUCCCCUCAGAGAAGCACUAGAAAUCACGCCUUGCUGGAGGCUGCAGGACCAAGCCAUGUGGCGAUCAACGCCAUCUCUGCCAACAUGGACUCUUUCUCGAGCAGUCGGACAGCUGCCCUUAAGAAGCAGCCAAGUCACAUGGAAGCUGCUCAUUUUGGAGACUUAGGCAGAUCGUGUCUGAAUUACCAGGCUCAAGAGACCAAAUCAAGCCUUUCAAAGACCCUUGAACAAGUCCUGCAGGACAAUGUAGCCCUCCCUUAUUUUAUCCAGUUUAUGGAACUACGCAGAAUGGAACACUUGGUUAAGUUUUGGUUAGAGGCUGAAAGCUUCCACUCCACAACUUGGUCCCGUAUAAGAGCACACAGCCUCAACACAGUUAAGCAGAGCUCAUUGGCAGAGCCCGUGUCACCCUCGAAACAGCAGGAAACUGCGUCUUCGCCACCUGGGUUGCUUGAGGAGAGACUGGAGGAUUCUAGUGCAGUUCGUCUGCUCAGGACCAGGCCAGCGGCUUCGGACAAGAGCGACAGAACCAGCAACAGCCAGAACCACGUGCUCUCGGGUCAGGAGGGCGAUAAUGUCGAUGUUCUUUGUCUAAGAAAAUCUGAGAUGGGGACCUAUUCUGUUUCAGCUGAUCAGCAAGAAUCUUCCAGGCUUACAGUAUCAAAUAGAAACAGCCCCUCCUCUGCACUAAAAGACUUGUCAGGAAAACUCAUGAAAAGUAUAGAACGGGAUGCAGUUAGUACUUUUACCAAAUAUAUUUCUCCAGAUGCUGCUAAACCAAUACCUAUUACAGAAGCGAUGAGAAAUGACAUAGUUGCAAAGAUUUGUGGGGAAGAUGGACAAGUGGAUCCGAACUGUUUCGUUCUGGCACAGUCAGUGGUGUUCAAUGCAAUGGAACAAGAGCACUUUAGUGAAUUUUUGCGAAGUCAUCAUUUCUGUAAAUAUCAGAUUGAGGUGCUGACUAGCGGGACUGUUUAUCUGGCUGACAUUCUGUUCUGUGAAUCAGCCCUGUUCUAUUUCUCAGAGUACAUGGAGAAGGAAGAUGCAGUUAACGUAUUGCAGUUCUGGUUGGCAGCAGAUAACUUCCAGUCUCAACUUGCUGCCAAAAAAGGCCAGUAUGAUGGGCAAGAAGCACAGAAUGAUGCCAUGAUUUUAUAUGACAAGUACUUCUCCCUUCAAGCCACGCACCCGCUUGGGUUUGAUGACUCGGUGAGGUUAGAGAUAGAAUCCAACAUCUGCAGGGAAGGGGGUCCUCUCCCGAACUGUUUCACUACUCCCUUGCGGCAGGCGUGGACUACCAUGGAGACGGUUUUUUUACCUGGUUUCUUGUCCAGCAACCUGUACUACAAAUACUUGAAUGAUCUCAUCCAUUCAGUACGAGGAGAUGAAUUUCCAGGAGGAAAUAUUGCACUGAGUAUUCACGGCCCCGGCAGCUCUCCCGACAGCGACUCCAUAGGGGGCCCGGAUGGCUCUGCCUCCCAGUCCAAUGUCAAAAAGGCUAAUAUUAAAAUCCUGAAAAAUUUUGAUGAAGCAAUAAUUGUAGAUGCUGCAAGUCUGGAUCCAGAAUCUUUAUAUCAACGAACAUAUGCAGGGAAGAUGACGUUUGGACGAGUCAGUGACCUGGGACAGUUUAUCAGAGAAUCAGAACCAGAGCCUGAUGUCAAAAAAUCAAAAGGGUCCAUGUUUUCACAAGCAAUGAAGAAAUGGGUUCAAGGAAACACAGAUGAGGCUCAAGAAGAGAUGGCUUGGAGGAUAGCAAAGAUGAUAGUCAAUGACGUGAUGCAGCAGGCGCAGUGUGACCAGCCCUCAGAGAAGGUUACGAAGCUAUGAUUUUAGAAAUGCCAGAACAAGAAAUCUGGUUUUCCACUUCGAAAAUGAGUGAACUUUCCUGUUUGGUGGAUUCUUUAACACAGCCAAUAACAACAAAGUACUGUUACUCCAGCUGCUGAAAUCUCCCUGUUUAUAAGGAAGAAUGAAAAAGAAGCAAUCCUGUACCUCCACUGUAGAGCGUGAAGAAACACUUUCUCCUGUUGUGUGUGGCAUUCACAAUAACGAUGGUUUUUUAAAGAAAUGAAGAUGCAGUUUACGAGUGUGUCACUGAGGAACUGUGAUCAACUUCACAAAUACUUGACCCUGUCUCAAAAAGACUUUUAAAAGCAAAAUAUCUGGAAUGGGGGACAAGCCACCUCGGAGGGGAAGGUUUUGCUGUAGUUUCUAGUUCUGCUACUUGUAAUUUUUAAACACGUAAUUGGAAAGGCUGCGGGGCGUGUCCCCG